AUGGUUUCUGACAUGAAUAAAAACGUUAAACAUGAUCUGCAUCAGCUGCAUCUUUUUCAGAUGGAAGUAAAUGAUAAAUUGAAGAAUUUUCUCGGAAUGCCACUAAAGAAUGAAGGAAAAGAUAUGCAUCAUAUGAAUGAAGAUGGUCUUGAACAUUCUGAUCAUUCAAAGUCCUAUCACGGCUCUUUUCAUGAUUGUCAUUGUGACGAUCAUCAUCACGGAGGUCACCAUGACGAUCAUCACCACGACCAUCAUGGAGGUCAUUACGACGACCAUCAUGGUUAUCAUAGACCUCAUCAUUAUGGAUCCGAUGUACAUAGUCGUGAAGAUCAUCAUGACAGUCACGAAGAUCACCAUGAUGAUAGCCAUCAUCACAAUGAUAGUUCUCACGAACACGACGACUCUCACAAAGGACACGACUAUCAUGGUGACCACCAUCACGGGCAUGACGAUCAUAGUGACCACCACCAAGGACAUGACGAUCAUAGUGACCACCAUCAAGAGCAUGACAAUCAUAGCGACCACCAUCAAGGGCAUGACGAUCAUAGCUCUCACAGUAGUCACGAUAAUUCUCAUCACCAUCAUUCUGACCAUCACGAUCACGAUUAA